UGAUUUUUGUUUGAAUACAAAUCGUUGAAUUUUAUUUCUUUCAUUGCUGAAUUCCAGAAAAUGAGUGAAAAUCGAAUUUCUGAUUAUUUUGUUGUUACUGGCGUUGAUGAAACUGAUCGCCAUUAUGAAUCAGUAUAUCAGCCAACUUUAGAUCCAAUAACGGACAUAACUGUGAUAAAUCGUAGCAAUCAUGAACCAGUACCACAAGGAUAUUAUUGUAUUGAAAAAACUCCAUAUGAUCAUGAAGCCAAUCUUAAUCAUGGUAGUAUUAAUGGAUCGAAAUUUUUUAUAUGCUAUAAACGUAGUCGUGACAAACCACCAUUAUUGGAUAUCGGUGUUCUUCAUCCUGAAUGUGAAACAAUGAGUCCGGAAUGUAAAAUGAUAAAACGUACGCCAUCUGGAUUUCCUGCAAAUUUGAACGAACGAGUGGGUACGACAAAAGUAUAUUUAACGUAUAGACGUUCGAAAAAAAAGACACAUUACAAUCAAUUAGUUGUUUCCGAUAUUUGUGUCAUUUUGACAAGUAAAAAUGAAUCUCCUCCACAUGCAUUUUGUAUGAUUGAAAAAAAUUUAAAUAAAGGCUAUCUUGCACUUAGAUCUGAUGCAUAUUUAUGCUAUAAAAAAUGUAUGGAUCGACCUCCGCAUCUUUUAUACAAUCCGAUUAUCAUCGAUCGUUUUCCAAACGAAGAGAAUCUACAAUAUCCAUUGCCACAAAAUUUGCCUUUGUUUUGUCUUCCGAUGGGUGCAUCAAUCGAAUGUUGGCCAAAAAAUGAUUCGAUCGGUCUUUCAUUGUCAACAUUCAUAUUGACUACAAGCGUUUGUACGAAAAUAUACGGAACCUUAUUGAAUUAUUACGAACAGAUUGAGCCAAAUUUUUUGACCGAUGAUGAACUAAUACAACUUAAAUUCGUUGAUGACCCUAAAGAUGAAGAAAAGAUUGCUGAAGCAUUGAAUGAAAAAAGUUUGCAAAGGAUAAAAUCAUUAUGUAUCUUAUCUCAAUGGCCAUUUUUUGAUCAGUUUAAAUGUUUUUUGAAUUUUAUAUAUCAAAAUUUUAUUUGUAAAUCAUCCACCGUUCCACUUGAAUUUUAUGUGUUUCAUUUUAUGAAAAACAUUCCAUUUCCAACACCUGAUCGUCCAAAUAUAAUGGUUAAUCUAAGUGCAUCUAAUGAUGAUCUACUUUUUUCACAUAAUUUCGAUGAUUUUCCCAUUCCUUCAAAUGGAGCUUCAUUCAAAAAAUUAUUACAAAAUCUUGGAUCCGAUAAUUGUCUCUAUUUAUUGUUAUUCAUGUUAACCGAACAGAAGAUAUUAAUCCAUUCAUUGCGUUUAAGUAUUUUAACGGAAAUAGCUGAAGCUUUAGUAUCAAUGAUAUUUCCAUUCAAUUGGAAUUGUCCUUAUAUUCCUUUGUGUCCAUUAAGCUUAGCCGGUGUUCUCAAUGCUCCAUUACCGUUUAUUGUCGGUAUUUAUUCACAGUAUUUUGAUUAUUUUGAGCCACCAUCCGAUGUUAUAUCGAUAAGUUUGGAUACACGUGCUAUUCAUAUAUCCGAUACAAAAAGAAUGCUCAAUCUGGAUCUAUUGCCAAAAAAAUAUAUGAAAUUUCUCAAAGAAAAAUUGGAAGAAAUAUCAGCAAAAAUUGAUCAAAGUGUUAAAAGCAAAGAACGUGAUGUACAUAUGAAAAGAAAAUUUGACAAGCAAAUAGAAAUCGAAAUUCAAGAAGCAUUUCUUUAUUUUAUGGCUUCGAUAAUGAAAGAUUUUCAACGUCAUCUAAAACCAAUUACGGCUGCACCUAAAGUCGGAGCUACUGAUCCAACAACAUUGUUCUAUUUUGAGGGCUUUAUUCAAGCACAUCCAGAAAAUAUAGGUUUUUAUAGUCAACUAACAAAAACACAAAUGUUUACCAAAUUUAUUGAAGAACGUUCGUUAGUAUCCGAUAAAGAUAUAAGUCUGGCAUUUUUUGAUGAUUGUAUUGAAAAAGUAGAAAAAUAUGAAAGCAUGAAUCUGAAAAGAAUUUCCAAAUUGAAUUUAAUUAAUUUCAAAGACAUUGGAAAAUCAUCGAAAACAGUGUUCAUUUCAUUACCAUUUCUCAUAAAUGAAACUUUUCAUCAAGAACCUAAAUUUUUUGAUGGUCGAUUUAAAAAAGAUUUAUUUCAAAAAUUUGCAACAAAAUUUCCCGGAAAUGAAACCUUUCCUGAUAUAAAUCCGAUUAUGAAUUCAGUUGUCGAUUGUACCGAUUCAUCGGCGAUGACUGAAGCAAAAUUUGAUUCAGAAUUACAAUGUUAUAUGUUUGCUCGAAGAGCUAAGCAUGAGAUAUUGAAAGCACAAAGAAUUGCUCAACAAUCAUCUCAAUCUGCCAGUGAAUGGGCUAAAUGUUUACUUAUAAAUGCUUAUAGCCUAUGGUUCAUCCAUUUCCCAGCAUUUUCUUAUACUUUAAUCCAAAUGCAAAAUUUGUCCGAAAAAUCUGAUCAAAAAUCCAUCAAACCGCUGUCAAUUGCAUAUCAGGCAUUAAAACGUAUGCAAACGAUGGAUUUUUCUGUUCCCGAUGAAUUUUGUUAUCGUAUCUUAAUGAUUCUUUGUUGCAUUCAUAAUCGUCCUGCAUUAGCAGUCAAAAUAUUUUUGGAUAUGGAUAAAUACAAUGUUAAACUUAAUGCAAUCACUUAUGGUUAUUAUAACAAGGCUGUUUUAGACGGAAAUUGGCCGACCGAUAAUGGAGAUUUUAGUCAUCGAAAAUCUCGAUGGAUUAAACUUUAUAAUGUAAUACGAGUUGCAAUGCAUUUCAAGAUAAAAUAUAUUAAUACUAACAUAGCUAAUGAAUCUUCAAAUUCAUUAAUCGGAAAUUUGAAUGAAAAUAUUUUAAGAAAAAAAACGAAAAAAUCUCUUCUCUCGAAAAAGAAUGAACAAACUGUGAUGAUUGUUGAUCAUUGUCCAAGUGCUGGAUUUUUAUUCAUUUCCGAUCGAAUUGAUCUCUCCACUACAAAAUCUAAUUUAGCCCUUCAUCAGAAAAAAUAUAAAAGUGAUGUUGAUAUAAACAUCAUUCAAAAAGAUUUUAUUAGCAUAUUCGAUAAUUUAAAGACUAUAAAAAAUGAUCAUAUUCUAAUUGAGCCAGAAAUUAAUCCAAAAGAAUCUAUUCCGGAAAUAUCGGCUAAAGCUGGUUCAGAAAAUUUUAAUAUUUCAGAAGGAAAUAUUUUUUCAAAUUCAUUCGUAACACCAUUGAAAGAAACAUUAGUCAACAUGGAUUUCAGCAAAAGUCCUGUUGCUGAUAAACUACGAUCCAGUUACCGUAUUGCAAAAAAUUUUACAAAAUCUCGUUACAAUUUUACUCGUUCAACUCUUUCUGAUUCUGAAAAAAAUCUCAACAAAAUUGGUUCAUUGUUUGUGAAAACAGAUUCCAAAUCGAAUAAUAAUGUUUUACAGACGCCUCCUCGAAUACCUCGAUCAUUAACAUUGCCGCAAACAUUCCAUACAUCAACCCCAGCAAAUGAGAUGAUGUCAAUGAAAUCACAAUUUCAAAACUAUGGAAUGAGUUCACCAUCCGAAUAUUUUUAUUCAACCGUCAAAUCGAUUGGAGGUAGAAUUAAUGAAUUUAAACUUUCAUUAGGAACUUCGAGUAUAAAUUCUCCAGUCAAAUUUAAUAUGAUGAAUGCUGUAGCUUCUCGUUUAAGUCUAAAAAAUGAUGAUGAAAAUUUAAAUCUUUCAAUAGACAAUUUAUUAGAUCAAUUUGACGAAAAUUCGUUCAACAUGGAAAGAUAUCAACAUCUUUUAAAUGAGUAUUAUACAAAUCCAUUGGAAUUAUUUCAAACCGAAGAAACUUUAUCAUCAUCUUCAACAAUCGGUCAAAUUAUUUGGACAGUAGAAAUGAUCUCCUGUACAAUUUGUCGUGGUUGCCAAUCAAUCAUUUAUGAUGAAGAAAUUAUGUCUCAAUGGCUACCCGACGAUUCUAAUCUCAACACCCGCUGUAUUCACUGUAAAACAACAUUCGUACCAUCUUUGACUGUUUACAUUAAGGAUUAUCGUUGCACAAACAAUCAACAAUCAUCGAAUGGUCGUUUAUUGGAUCCAAUAUCAGUGCCUUAUCUUAGUCCAUUAGUAUUGCGCAAAGAAUUAGAAAACAUAUUGAAUGGAGAAAGUUAUUCCAGUCUGAUUUUGCCAAAAUUUGUUGAUAAUCAUCCUAUCGUUUAUUGGAAUCUCGUUUGGUAUUUUACUCGAUUAAAUCUUCCAUCACAUAUUUAUGAAUUGGCAUUGUAUGCAACCAGUUUAAAUUCUGCUGAAAUCAUCAAGAUAUCGAAACAAUAUGGCUAUAGUUUUAAGGAUGUUCGGGUCACUUGUAUGUGGGAUAAUGAAAAAUUUUAUGAAAAUAUACCGUUACAUCAACAAUGGUUAAAAAUGAAAAAUGCCGAAUCCGAAACUUUGAGUCCAGAAUUGUUGGAUUUUAAAAAUCUUUGUCAACAAUUGAUUCAAUUAAUCAAAGAACGUGAUUUGUUUAAACCGAUACAGUUUUUGAUUUCAGAACGAAAUAAACUAAAAAAAAUUCCCGGAAUGGAUUUGAAAAAUUUGAACAGUUUGUAUCGUGAAUUGAUGUUUUUGAAUUUGAUACAAGUUCCACCCGCACUCAGUGUCGAUUUAUUUGAUGAAGAAUAUCGAUCAGCCUUCGAAUCAUUAACAAAUAAAGAUAAAGAAUCAUUGAUCUGUAUCGAUUAUCCACUACCUAAUGGUGCAAUAUUUUGUAGAAAUUUGUUCAAACCUUUGUCAUUGAUUCGGCCACCGCCACCCAUCUGAUCAACUAAAAAAAAUUAUAUUUUUAUCAUUUGUCUUGACAAAUUCAUUGUUUUUUUAAAUAAAAACUUAUGUAACA